AUGUCAACUACUGAUUCUGAUGUGGAAGACAGGCCCAAUCCAGAACCUUCCCAGCCUCCAUUGAAGAGAUCUAAAGAUGUCUCUCCCCAGCAAAGCAUUGACAAAUUCUGGAGGAGGUUCACCACCAAACACCCCGGGAAGCCUUUCACCACCUUACCUGACAAUCUGUAUGCGAAACGAGCUGCAAUACAAGCAGCUCGGCAGCCUGCUGCAUCAAAAAAUGCAGUCGCGUCAUACGAACAGGCUGCCGCGACCUGCAAAGCAAAGGUUGACAAGAUUGUCCACGCUUGCCGGAGGCUGAAUCAAAAGUACAAGGAUCCUCAUUUCGACAUCGAAUUUGACUAUCUGCAGUGGCAGUGGUAUGGCCGUGUAGAGGACUGCUUGGCACCUCUCGAUGCCGAUGAAACAGAGCUUAGGCCUUUGUCGGUCAAGAGGGUCGAGGACAUAUUCGACGAGCCUCAGUUCUAUAUUGAAGGUAUGACGGCAAGUGACGUACGUCAGGGGCGAGAUGGAGAUUGCUGGUUCAUGUCGUCCAUCUGCACCCUGACGAAUAAAGAAGAUCUCCUUGAAAGGGUCUGUGUUGCCCGAGAUGAGAAAGUCGGGGUCUACGGCUUCGUUUUCCAUCGUGAUGGCGAAUGGAUAUCAGAAGUGAUCGAUGACAAGCUGUACUUGGCCAAAGAAGAUUUUCACGAAUCACUCUGGGAACAAUUCAGUUGGCUUACAAUUGACAUGCCGAACGCUGAUGACGAAUACCGAAAAGUCAUGCAAACAGGCAGCAAAAGUUUGCAUUUCGCGCAGUGCAAGGACCAGAACGAGACAUGGCUCCCACUUCUCGAAAAAGCUUAUGCAAAAGCCCAUGGCGAUUAUGGUGUUAUCGAAGGGGGUUGGGUGGGUGAAGGAUUAGAAGACUUGACUGGCGGUGUUACGUCUGAAUUAUUUGCUGCUGAUAUCCUUGAUAAGGACAAAUUUUGGACAGACGAGUUAAUGAAUGUUAACAAGCUAUUUCUCUUUGGCUUGGCUCAGAUGGGUGGCUUGUUCGGGGAGAGAAGGGGUAUCAUCGAAAAACAUGCUUAUUCAAUCAUGGAAGCAAAGGAGUUGGACAACUUUCGUUUAUUGAAAAUAAGGAAUCCAUGGGGAAAACACGAGUGGGAUGGUCCGUGGUCAGAUGGGUCGGAAGAAUGGACGCCCGACCGUAAGAUCUUUGCUGGUGUCAAGGAAGCCAUUCUUAUGAUUGCAUUACAGCUGGACGACCGUUAUUUCCGAGGUCUCACUGGCCAAUACGAUUUUGAACUUCAAUUUCGCCUGCAUAAGGAUGGCGAAGACGACUACAUUGCACGAAAUAACCCCUCAUAUUUCAUGACUCGCUCAGUGACCACAGAAUUAGAGCUUGAAGCUGGGCAGUACUCUGUAAUGAUCAAGGUUUCUGCCACUAGGGCCAAAUCAAAGCCAACCCCGGAGCAAAUCAUCAAGAAGACCUGUCACACACGUCGAGAUAAAUUGAUGGCGGUUGGUUUGAGCUAUGACCUCGCUCACGCUAAAGGUCGUUUCAAGGAAAUCGAAUCGGAACGGAAAAAGCGCCUUCAGGUGGAACGACGUGAAAGGAGAAGACGACAGGCUGAAAAAGCGUUUGGAGCGCAAAGAAAGGCGAACAAGAGAGAAAAGCUCAAAAGACUGCGUCUUGAGGCUAAAGAGAAAGCUAAAAAAGGAAGCGAAGCAGAGAAUAAGGACGAGACUUCAACAGAGGAUAAAGGGGCAGAAAUCGUGAUCAAAAUUGGUGAAAGCGGUCUAAAAUUUGGUAAGGCUCAAGACAUAGAUGAGCAUGGCAGGAGCAAGGCUUUGGAAGGUCACGCUGCGCAAGGAGAGACGAGCAAAUCACUAAAGGUGGUUGUGGAGGCUUACGACAAGAUGGGAGGUCUACAAAGAGGUACACAAGCAGUGAAUGAGGCGACGGAGCCAUUCAAGAAAAAUGAAAAUGCACUGAUUGAGGAAGGCAGUCCCGCGUCGGGAGAGGCUGAAGCUGCAGACAAGGAUGACAAGGGCGUAGAAAAGACGACCAAUACCGGAGUUGUGCUGCCCGCAACAAGCGAGUCAAGGAACCGGCAGGAAGGCUUAGCUUCCUUACCCGGCCUGCAGCCUGACACUUCGGCCAAAAGCGGCUCUAACGCAGAGGAGAAGAAAGCAGACGAUCCUAGUGUUAUGCACUAUACGCCUGCUGAUAGUGAUGUCCAUGCUGGAAUCAGGACAGAUGCGAACAAAACCAAGAAGUUUGAUCCUGAGAUGCUACCUCCGAAGCUCCUGCUAGAUGAAAUCAGCGAUGAUGGCCUCAGCUGGGCUAGCGAUGUUGAUGUACCUUCUAGUAGUUCUUCUGAAGCCGAACCAGACUCCGAUGAAGAAGACCCAGUAUCCGAGCCUUCGGUCUCAUCUCCGUCGUCCGAAAAACAAGCAGACGAUAUUUCCCCAUGGAACGCGGUCUGCGUCAUUGGUUUGCGUCUUUACUCGAAAGGGUCGCAGGCUGAGAUUGAAGUCGUCAGACAGCAAGAUGAUGGGGGAAGUACGGGGAACAAGAAAUUGGAUGUGGACGAUCGAGCAGCAGACGCGACGAAGAAAUUGCAGAAAGGUAGCCCUCAAGAGGAGCGGCAACUGAACACUGUGGACACAGCGCCGGUAGGGGAGGAGGAAUCGAAGCAGGGGUAG